AUGAAACGUCUAAUAAGUGAAAUAUCCCUUGGUGCAAAUAUAGAAAGCUUUCACUUUUGUGAAUACUAUGACUCUGAGAGUAUCAUAAGUUAUGGUGUCAAUUUAAAUCUAAGCAAACUCAGCAAUCCUGACUUUGGGGAAAAAGUUCAAAGAAAUUGUAUCCCAGUUGGUUGUGGCAUAGUUACGUUUCUUGAUAAGUCUGGACUUGAUAUGGCAUAUAAUAGUAUUAGAAAAAUUGCUUUGUCAGUGAACACCGAUAUAAAGAUACCGAAAUGGGAUAUUCUUGGAAAUGCUUAUAUUGGUUCAAACAGAUAUAGAUCUAAAAUUACUGGCAUGGUGAAUGAUUCAAAUUUAUUGGCGAGCAAUGUUGCUUCAUCUAUGGAGGAGUUCGAGAAUCGUGAGCAUAAAGUCAGUUUAGAGUUGAAUGACAUGAAAGAGCAAGUUGAUGAAGACGGCUUCACUAUCGUUGUUGGUCCGCAUAGAAAAACUAAGAGUGGAAUUAUAGGAUCUUUGAAGACAGCAGCAGACCUUAUGCAUGAUGAAAAAUAUAUGAGAAAGGUCCAAAAGAGACAAAAGAAUAAUUUCUAUAGAUUUCAGAUUAGGGAAAGGAAAAAACAAGAGGUCAGUGAUUUACUCCAGAAGUUUAAGGAUGACCAGGAACGUGUCCGUGCCAUGAGAGAAAAGAGGAGGUUUAACCCUUAUUGA